GCCACCGUGGAGCUCGCGCCGCGAUCGAAGGUGCGUGCUUUGGGCGGCGCGGCCGCUGACUUUUUCACCGAUCACCUCGUGAUGACUCGGGCCAAGGGGAGGACAGGGCAGUGUGAGUUCGAAAUCCUCAUGGAGGACUUGCGCGCUGGCCGUUUGGAGGUUGCCACCGAACUUGUAGCGGCGUCCUUUGCUGUGUCUGGCGCGGCCGCUGCCUCUGGCGCAACGUGCGUCGAAAACGAGGUGCAUCUGCGUGGGGUGGGGCUGUGGUCACAUGCGACGCAUGCGCGCACAACGUUCUUGCGGUGGCUUUUCCGGGCAGAGGGCGUCCGACUGAGUUUCUCCGAGAGGGAUUGGCUCUUGCUUGCUGGCGUGGGCUCUGGCGCUGAGAAGGGGAUCGAGGCUGCCGGGUAUAUCGGAUACGAGGACGCCGUGCAGAUUUGCAAGCUUAUCUCUCAGGAUUUGUGGGCUGCCUCUGGCGCCGCGCAUGAGCUCGAUGAUCUCAUUUGCUUCCUCUGCCUUUCUCAGAACGACGCGGAG